AUGGGGCCCCCUCGAGGGCCCCCCAAGGGGCCCCUGGGGGCCCCCCUGAGGGUACCCGCAGGGGCCCCCGCUGCAGCCUCUACAGGGGCCCCCUGGGGGGCCCUCUGGGGGGCCCCCUGGGGGGCCCUCUGGGGGGCCCCCCGGCUGCAGCAGCAGCAGAGGCUGCUGCUGCAGCCUAGGCUGCUGCAGCAGCAGCUGCAGCAGCAGCAGCAGCAGCAGCAGAGGCUGCUGCAGCAGCCUAGGCUGCUGCAGCAGCAGCAGAGGGGCCCCCCUGCUGCAGCUAGAGGCUGGGGGCCCCCGGGGUCCCCCAGCAGCAGCGCCUCGGCUCUUGCAGGAAAUGGUUCAAUAUCUGUACCCUUUGAAGAGCCCCAGGGGGGCCCCCAGGGGGCCCCCGGGGGGCCCCCGGGGGGCCCCAGGGGGGCCCCCGUGGGGGCCCCCCCUUCUGAGUCCCUUUUUGCUGCUGGAAGAGACAGAGUCAAACCCCUCUUUCCAGAACUGCAGACGGCGCCCAAGAUAUUUCCUGAGGUUGUGGAAGCCCUGGAAAAGCGCGGAAUUGUUCACAUGACAAACAUUCAGGCGAAGUCUUUCGGGGCGAUCUUUGGGGGUUUGGAUAUCAUAGGAAAGUCGGAGACAGGCAGCGGGAAGACUCUGGCGUUUUUGCUGCCUCUGUUGAUAUCUUUGAAAAUGAAAAAAGAAAAUAAAAUAAAAGAAAAUAAAAUAAAAGAAAAUAAAAUAAAAGAAAAUAAAAUAAAAGAAAAUAAAAUCCAAGAAAUCCUAAAGUCCAUAACAGCAGCAGCAACGCGAGCCGCUGACCCUUUCCCCGCCCGCCCGCAGCUCCUCGUGCUCGCCCCCACAAGGGAGCUGGCGCGGCAGGUGCACAGCGAACUGGAGGCCCUGGGGGCCCCCCUUGGGAUUUCUUCAGUUUGUCUUUAUGGGGGAGUUCCGCUGCAGCAGCAGCUGCGGCAAAUAUGGGCCAUUACCAGGCCCAAGCAGCAGCAGCAGCAGCAGCAGCAGCAGCAGCAGCAGCAGCAGCAGCAGCAGCAGCAGCUGGACGCAGUCGUGGCCACCCCCGGGCGGCUGCUGGACUUGAUGGGUCUUGGGGGGGCCCCCGAACGAGGGGGGCCCCCCCAGAAAGUGGCAAUAGACUUGAGCAGCGUGAGCCACGUGGUGCUGGACGAGGCGGACGAAAUGCUGAAGUUGGGAUUUGCAGAAGCUGUGGACAUGGUGCUUUCUGCUGCCUUCGCUUCCAGACUCCCUGCUGCUGCUGCUGCUGCUGCUGCUGCUGCUGCUGCUGCUGAGGAUGCGGGCAGCGGCCUCGCGGCAGCAGCAGCAGCAGCAGCAGUGCCUGCGCAAGAUUUAGGUGUAGGUACACUCCAAGAGGACCCCCAGGAGCAGCAGCAGCAGCAGCUGCUGCUGCAGCAGCAGCAGCAGCAGCAGCAGCAGCAGCAGCAGCUGAUCCUCUUUUCUGCAACACAACCUUCUUGGGUUCAAACUGUUGCGAAAAAGUUUCUCAGAAACCCCCAGGUGGUCGACGUCAUGAGCCAGCGAACCGUCAGGACUGCUGCGGCAGUGACGCACCUGCGAAUGGAGGUGCCUGAGGGUUUAUCUGCUGCUGGCCUUUCGCUGCUGCUGCGGGACUGCCUGCUGUGUCUGACGCCCCGCAGCAGCAGCAGCAGCAGCAGCAGCAGCAGCAGCAGCAGCAGCAGCAGCAGCAUUGUGUUUGUGGCCACCAAGGCCGAAGCAGAUGCCCUCAGCCAAGCCCCUGGACUCGCGGGCUUUGCUGCUGCAACUCUUCACGGCGGCAUUGAGCAGCAAACGCGGGACAAGCUGAUGCAGGGCUUCAGAGAGGGUGCAGCAGCAGCAGCAGCAGCAGCAGCAGCAGCAGCAGCAGCAGCAGCAGCAGCAGCAGUGGUAGCAGCCAGCUAG